ACAUUAUGGUGAAGGAACAAAUCUCUUGCCUCUACCGGAAAUCGAACCCCAACUUGUCGGUCUUCCAAUUUGUAGGCUCUUGCUGUAUCUACUGAGAAGAAUCUGAAUUGCAGCAUGUAAUUACAGGACUUACUGAGCAUGGUUUCUGUCAAAAUAGUUUCAAAUCGAAGCAUUUCCUCACGGCAGAAAACGCUUGUGUUUCAUGUCAUAAGCCGUGCACAACGAUGCUCAGGACGCCGAUUUCCAAACUGCGGAAAUCUAACGCGAUGAAACUUGAGUACAGCAAAGAAUUCUGAUGACAACAGUGUGUUCAUAUGUAGUGCAUUUUGUUCACCAAUUAGUAAUUUCUCAAUCAUGACUCGCUAUAAUUGUUUGAAGAAAUAAUAGUGGACAUUAUGAACCGAAUUGACACCGAGACCGAGAGAGACGGAAUGAAUGUGUGAAAUCGGAUCAUGCUGCGUAUAGUAUGAAGGGUACGAAGUGAGAAAGACACCUCGCUUUCAGGGACAUUUGUGGACAUUGGGUUCAAGGACCUACCUCACUUGUAACCAUGACAACGAAAUAACAGUGCUACUUUCAUAGCAGUGAAGUGGCAGUGAAGGCAGUGAAUGUGUUGUACAGAUAUAAAAGUCAGAAUUCUUUGUGUACACGCGAAAUGUUGCGCUAAUACGAAGGCCAAGUGAUAAAUAUUCUCCGUUGGUUAGGUGGAGUAGUAUUUUUAAUAUUUGGAGUCUGGCUCGGAAUAUUGUAACGUUUUAGGAAUUGCCAUGUAAUGAGACACUCAUUAAAAAUCCGAAAAUGCUGUAAUAAGCAAUAUGACAGCAGCAAAAAUAGAUGAACACAUCACGAGGAGAUAUGACAUUAAGAGGAGGUUAGGCGAAGGCGCAUAUGGAAUAGUAUGGAAAGCAAUUGAUAAAAGAAACAAGGAAGUUGUUGCAGUGAAGAAAAUAUGUGAUGCAUUCAAAAGUCGAACAGAAGCUCAGCGGACAUUCAGAGAAAUCAUGCUCCUUCAGGAAUUUGGAAGUCACCCCAAUAUUAUCAAGCUUCACAGUAUACACCGAGCUGUAAACAAUAAUGAUAUCUACCUAGUUUUUGAAUACAUGGAUACUGACUUGCAUAAUGUGAUCAAACGAGGCACAAUUUUGAAGGAUGUCCACAAACGUUUUAUCAUGUAUCAGUUGCUCAAAGCCACUAAAUAUAUCCAUUCUGGAAAUGUUAUCCAUCGUGACCAGAAGCCAUCAAAUAUUUUGCUGAAUUCAGAUUGUAUCUGCAAAAUAGCAGACUUUGGGCUGGCACGUUCUGUGGGGAAAACAUAUAAUGGCUCCGAUGAACAGAUGACAAAUCCAGCACUCACAGACUAUGUGGCUACUCGUUGGUAUCGGGCACCUGAAAUUCUUAUUGGUUCAAACUGGUACACUCAGGGAAUUGACAUGUGGAGCAUAGGGUGUAUUCUUGCAGAAAUGCUGUUAGGAAGACCCAUAUUUCAAGGCACAUGUACCAUCAAUCAAAUAGAAUUGAUAAUGGCCACCAUACCUGCACCUACAGCAGAAGAUUUAACACAUGUUUCUUCAAGUUAUGGAAGUUCACUCCUACAGAAGGGACCAGUGGUUCGUCAGCGUUCACUAAAAUAUAUAUUACGUAAUGCACCAUUGGAUGGAAUUGAUCUUGUGUCUAAAUUACUUGUCUUCAAUCCACAUAAACGACUUACAGCUGCACAAGCACUGCAGCAUGAUUAUGUCCGAAGGUUUCACUGCGAAGCAAGUGAGCCAAUUUUGGGUCACACAGUAGUGCCACCUGUCCGAGAUGAUGUCCAACUAUCAGUUGAUGAGUAUCGCAGUAAACUGUAUGAACUCAUGGCUACUGGAACAGGAGCUCAUACUAGACCCUGCAAGGUUAACCAUGAAGACAGGACACAGAAGUUUCCUGAGAAGGGCCAGAAUCAACAGAUCUAUCAGCCAAGAACUUGGGCACAAGUAGAUCAUGAUAGUUGUUCAAAGAAAGGAAGACAUUUAUCAGCUGAGGUGAAAACUAUGCCUUCUAUUCGAAGUCAUCAUACAAUUCCCAUGCUGAUAAAUCACUCUGUGCCUUCUCAAUCUGACAUGAAACUAUGUGCUCAUGUUGCUGUGCCAGUUACACAGUGUAAGAGAUCAAGUACAUUAUCUCAUGUAUUGCAACACCAGCCAGUUCAGCUUAUGCACACUGCUGCAGUAGUCCAACAAGCAUCUGAUGAUACUUCUAACCAGCAACAUAUUGAACAUCCGAAACUGUGUUGCAGAGGAAACGUCACUGGCCUUCAUCUGUGCAUUCUCUGGAGAACAUUGAUGCUGUCAGAGUGACACUGCAAAGAAGCCCCAGUAAAUCAACAAGGAAGGCUCCAGUACAACUUGGGAUAUACAGACAAUUUGUACAAUAAAUAUUGGAAAGUGAUUUGAAUUUGUAUCCAUACAAAAUGACAAUAUUGCCUAAACUUACAGUUCAAAACAAACAUCAAAGAAUGGCAUUUACUAAAUGGGCUCAGAAUAAUGAGGUAUCAUUAAACAAUGUUUGGUUUUCUGAUGAGGCACACUUCCACUUAGAAGUUGCGGUUAAUGAACAGAAUGUGCGAUUUUGGUCAUCAAAGAAUCCACAUGUGAUUUGUGAGAAGGUGCAUCAUGCACUGAGGAUUGCAGUGUGGGUCGCCAUCUCAAGUCGUAGACUGCUAGGGCCAAUUUUCUAUGAAGAGACAGUGAACAGUGAGCACUAUUUAAGCGUGUUGCACAAUACUUUCAUGUCUCACCUUCUUGUUACAGGUUUGCCUUUUCAAAGUCAGUGGUUCAUUCAGGAUAGAGCCAGGCCACACACAGCGAAUGUUGCUUUGGACUUCCUGUAUGGCACUUUUGA